AUCAUUUUACAUUUAAUUUAACCGUUGAAAUUCCUUAACGUUACGUUAGAGUCAUUUACUUUCAUAUUUAGUACCCAGUUAACGUUUUUAAAACUAUUAAUUCACUUUUUUCUCGAAAACAACUUUUUUUGCGUUUAAAAGCGCAUACAGUUUACGUCUUUGUUCCAUGCAGACAACAGACAGUAGGAUAAUUUCAGAAUAUAAAACAAACACGCUUAAUUUGGAAAUCGACUUUCUGACAGGUGGACGUCUGAGAGACUGGCGUCAUCAUCAAGUUACGUCGUCAGGUAACAGAAGGCAUGAGUCUCACGGAGCGGGAUUCUUCCACCUGGAGACCCAGAGACCCGUUUCCAAACAUCCGCGCGGCUGGAAAACUCGUUCCAGUCGGUGACACAACUAAAACUUGCCUGCAAGAAAUUACACCAGGGGCUUUAACUCCACCUGUGGUGAGAAAGUUUGUCAAUUCUGCUCGGCCGCCCAUUGGGACAGUUCGGGUCUUCCAUGGAAAAGCAAAUGAUCCUGAUACUGCUAGCACACUAGUCCAUGGUGUGAACACUAAAUCAUCCAUUAAUGCUGGAUCAGUGAUCAAUCCCGCACCAAAAACACGCUUCCAAGAGAGGCUGCGUCAUCUUCAUGAAAUCAAUUAUCAGAAAGCUCCUCUUGGGAGGUCUGGAGUUCAAGGCCCUGGUUUACCAAGCUGGCUUGAUUCUGAGAAAACCAUGUUUGGUGUUACAACGCUCCAGUGUAAUAAAAAAACCUCACUGUAUCUAACGGGCGGUGAGGUCAUCAAUCCACCCAAAACCACACAUCAGGUGAAGAAGGAAGCGGAUGAAGGACAUCAGCUCUACGUUCGCUCACACGGAUCCUAUUUUGUGGGAGAGCGUGUGGACAGGAAGUACAAUUGCAGUCACUAUAAGAGAGAUAGCAGGUUUGGUGUCCCAACGCCUCAUUUCAAUGAUGGGAGAACCAUCUCCAGAUCUCUGCGAUGGCCCUGUGACUCACUAAUGCACAACAGCGCAAAAUUAGUUUCCAAACGUUGUGACAACUUCAGAGAGAAGACUCAGCCGCAAACAGGCAAAGUUCAUGAUCCAAUUGCAGAGACAUUAAACGUAAGAGCUCCCUCUGCUGGCUUGGUGACACCUAAUAAUGCUUGA